AUGCCUUCCCCUGAUCUAAAUUAUGGUAGAAGAAAAGGCCGAGGUCAGUACAGGGAGGGGCUGUUGUUAUGGGAAAUUGUCAUUUUAUUUUGUUUUCAGUCUUGGGAGGGGAGGAGGCAAAUGUGCUUGGCUUUCCAGCUUCAGGCCAGUCUCUGUCACCCAGCCUGUGUCUCCCCUGGGUCAGAGCUGUUCUUCCAAAUCCUGAAACUAGUUCUGAGUAUAGCUGUUACUGUUAGAAAACAUGUUAGCUGGGGAGGAGGGGGCAUAAGGAAGCAUACUUUUAAGGUUUUCUCUAUUUUUCCUGUAGUGUGUAACUCAUACCUCUCUUUGAGAUGCUUUUUUUAA